CAGUUUUGUCAGUGUCCGCGGCAAUCAUACAAAUGCUUGACACUACCAGGACCCUGGCUAAACGCCAGUGGGACCCUGAUUUUGAGAAGGUUCCCACUGAAUGCAUAGACCGAAUCACAUCAAAUACUGCCGACUGCGCUUUGUUCGCUAAGGAGGCGGAGGAUUCUGAAAAUGACGACUGGAGCGACGACGAAGAACUGACGGAAGACCCAGCAGAGUCCAGUGACGACGACUUUCUUGUCACUUUCUGCUCCCCUCUGAACGACCCAAGUCCUUUUCCGAACCAGAGCAGUAUCAUUCAGGACUUUUGUAGGAAUCAUACUGUGGGCGUCGACACUAGCAAGGAAAAUGAAGAAGUCAAGCUUGCGAUGGUGGAGGAGUUUCGAGUUGAGCGACACGGAGAACGCUCUGGUCACAAAUGGUUUGGGCCGGAUUGGAGUGCAAGCGAAUUCGCCAAAUACAUGCAUGCGCAGGUUGGUACUUCACCAGAAACUGCACUGGGUGCCGUUCGCUGA